AUGUCAUAUGCUGGUGUUCACAUCAUACCUGCCUUCCACUGGGGUCGCACAACCAGUCUUUUGCCACCCUUGAUUGCUCGCCACAAGUCCGAGAACAAUGAAGAUUGGUAUUGGUAUUAUGUUAACAUUUUUGUUGACCGUGAUAUGUUCAUGCGCUUCCAGGGCGGUGCAAGAAACCAUUUACUCUGGAAUGUGAAGGGCGAGAUAAUACAAAAUACAGAAGACUCUGACAUGGACGAGCUGAUGGAUGAAUCAAUUGGUGCUGAAGAAGCUGAUGGGAAUGACAGUGAAGAUGACUCUGCAUCGUCUGAAGGUUCUACGCAUGAAGAGCACACCAGGCGCUUGAUUCCUGAUACCCUGGUUGAUGAGAUGGACGAGUAUGGAUAG